AUGUCGGAUGAAGAGCCGUGGGAGCCUUUGACCAUGGCGGAUUACCUCAUGCUUGGAAUUGUGGGCACCUUCCAAGCGUUUGCCCUGGGCGUGUGCAUCCAUCUAUUUCGUUGGCGGAAGUGGCCACCAUACGUCACCAAAAACGUCGACAUCGUCAUCAUCAUGGUUGAGUGCUCCGAGGUGGCCGGCUUCCACGCAGGGAUACAGCGAACGUCGAUAUCUGCACCUGGUGCUCGUGACGUUCGCUGGGUUCGCGUGGACAUUUGCAGGCGCUUUAGAGAACGGUCUAAUCCGGAGGAGUGA